AUGGGUGUUAAAGUUAAAUUGAUUGUAUUUGUAACUUUAGUUUUAAGUGUAUACGGACAGGACGUUGUAAGUGAUGAGAGGACAGUCAGUGAUAAGGAAAUUUCCGAAAUUUCCGAAAAUUCGGAAAAUAUCACGGAUUCCAUACAAAAUGCGAACGUAGAGGAUCCCGUAGAAGUUAUAUCUGGUAGUGAUAUAGAAAUAAAGAGUGGUAAAUAUCAAUUUGCGAACGAUGGUCUUAUAGGCGAUGCGCCUGUUGAUUUGGAAGCUGUAGACCUAAGUCCAGGAGAAUCACAGAAGGAGCGACAGGUUCUAGGACCAGCAACUACAACAUCUAUUACUAAUACGGAAUAUGCACACAUUGAUGGCAGAGUCCUUCCAUCAACUAGUUAUCAAAACAAUGGCCAACCAUACGUCAUCACGCAGCAGAGACUGGCUCAGAUCAGAGCGAACUUUAUGUACUGGUUCUACGAUCAAGGUGGCAACGAAAAUAUUGGAGAUUAUCAGAGAGAUAUUCACACUUCAACACCACAAAUACACAAAAAUUUCAACUUUCAACUCCCAUUCUUUGGAUUUAGGUUCAAUUAUACACGACUAUCAAUGAACGGUUACAUCUACUUCAGCGAUCCUCCAGACCACUACACCUAUCCCCUGUCUUUCCCCAUCAGAGAUUGGCCAGCUAUGAACGACCCUUCAUUUAUAGGUAUCUUCUUCAGUAAAUGUCGUAUAGGAAGCCAAAGACCUGAAGACCCUGAUCAAAGAAGACCUGGAGUUUACUUUAGAAUGGACAGAGACUUGCAGACACGAACAGAUCAGUUAGGUGUGGAAAUGAGGGAAAGGAUAACUUGGGAUAUAAGACAGGGUGUCAUUGGCUCAGAAACUUUCUUCCCAAAACACGCUAUAACGAUAACAUGGAAAAACAUGUCAUUCGCUGGAGGGAUUGACAACUCACUAUUUGUUACGAACACCUUUCAAAUGGUACUAGCUACUGACGAAGUAUUCACGUACGCAAUAUUUAAUUAUCUCGAAAUCAAUUGGAGUUCUCACACUGAAGCUGGCGGUGAUACCACUACUGGCGAAGGAGGUGUACCAGCUUAUAUUGGAUUCAACGCAGGAAAUGGCACUAGAAGUUACGAAUAUAAACCCUAUUCACAAGCCUCCGUACUUAGAGACUUGACGGGAAGAGGCUGGGCUAACGGAUUCCCAGGAAGACAUAUCUUCAGAAUUGAUGAGAAUAUCCUCAUGGGUACUUGCAAUAAGGAUAUAGAUGGUGCAAAUCUACCACUAAUGUUCGCUCCUGAGAGUGGUAAUAUGCUUGGUGGUACCGUCGUCAAUAUUACUGGGCCCUGCUUCCAACCAAACGAUCGAAUUUCUUGUCGCUUCGACACUGAGUCAGUUGUUGGAGCGGUCGUUGAUUCUAAUAGAGCUAUUUGUGUUCAACCCCGAUUUUAUCACAACGGUUACGCGAGAUUCGAAAUUGCGAUAAAUAACGAACCAUACAAAUGGAAAGGAAAAUUCUUUGUUGAAACACCUGGAACUGCUACCGAAAAGAUAUUCUUCCCUGAUAACUCCAUUCACGAAAGAUAUCCACCCGAAAUACGAAUCAGAUGGGACAGGUUCAAUUUAACGACCAACCUGAACGUCCAACUACAAAUAAGUUUAUGGGGCUAUAAGGAAGUCACCAUCAGACCUCAAAUGGAAUUCAUUGAUAUGAUUGAGACCGGGGUGGCGAAUACAGGGGAAUACGUCAUCAAUCCCCAAAACUUCCGCAACAGAGACAACAUAAUGCACAACGACAUGCAAUUUGGUUUUCUUCAAAUCAAUUUAACAACGCCAGAAAUAUACAAGGAUGUCGCUAUAUCACCUGUAUUAUGGAGUCGACCGAUUCCUUUGGGCUGGUAUUUUGCACCUCAAUGGGAGCGAAUGUAUGGACAGCGCUGGUCGCAAUCUAUGUGCAACAAUUGGUUAAGAACUGACAGAUUCCUCAAAAAUUAUGCAGCACAAGUAUGGGUCUGCCCAUGUACAUUAGAACAUGCUCUUCUCGAUAAAGGAAGAUUCAUGCCUGACUUGGACUGCGACAGAGAUAUCAACCCUACAUGUAGAUACCAUUGGGGAGCCAUUCAUUGUGUUAGAAGCGGUGGACCCAGUGCGGAAGGAUCGGGCCAACAAUGCUGUUACGACAAAAACGGUUUCCUCAUGCUUUCCUACGAUCAGAUGUGGGGAUCCAGACCUCGUCGGUCCCAUGACUUCGGGUUUACUCCAUAUAAUGAAGCUAACAAGGUACCAUCUUUGUCUCAUUGGUUCCACGAUAUGAUACCCUUCUAUCAGUGCUGCAUGUGGCAAGAGGAACAGGCAGUCGGCUGCGAAACGUUCAGAUUCGAGCGUCGACCAUCUCAAGACUGUGUUGCAUACCAAUCACCAGGAGUAGCUGGUAUAUUUGGAGAUCCACACAUUGUGACCUUCGACGGCCUUCAAUACACAUUUAACGGCAAAGGUGAAUAUGUCUUGGUGAGAGUUGAUCGUCCACAACUGAAGCUGGAUGUUCAAGGUCGAUUUGAACAAGUGCCCAGAAAUAUUUAUGGGCCGGUGAACGCAACGAUGCUUACUUCCAUAGUAGCCGCUUCGAAUAACUCUGUUCCUAUAGAGGUAAGACUUAGACCUCAGCAUGCUCAAUGGAGAUACCGUCUAGAUGUGUUCGCUGACAACAAAAGGAUUUAUUUCGACAGAAGCGCUCUGAGAGUUCAAUAUUUCCCAGGAGUGACAGUGUAUCAGCCUAUGUAUAUUCUUAACCAGUCGGAAAUCGUCAUCAUGUUUUCAUCGGGCGCUGGAAUAGAAGUUAUUGAAAACAAAGGCUUCAUGAGCGCUAGGGUCUACUUGCCUUGGACAUACAUGAAUCAAACACGAGGUCUCUUCGGAAACUGGUCUUUAGACAUCAACGAUGACUUCCAACGACCAGACAGCACCAUGGCAGCUGUCGAUUUGAACAACUUCCAAUCGGCUCAUAGAGAUUUCGCUCAACACUGGCAACUAACAGAUAGGGAACAACCGAAUAUAGGGGUGGCGUUGUUUGUCAGAGAAUAUGGAAGAACAGCAGCGUAUUACAACGAUAAUCAAUUUAUACCUAACUUUAUAAGAGAACCAGUGAAUUUCUUGCCAGCGAAUAGAUCUCAGGAUGUGGCGAGAGCGACCGAGAUAUGUCAAGAUUCUUAUCAAUGUCGCUAUGAUUAUGGAAUGACCUUGAAUAGAGAUAUGGCUGAAUUCACUAAGAACUAUUUGUCUUCUAUUACAAAUAUUAAAGAGCAGAAUGCCCGUCGAGUGAUAAGUUGCGGAGUUUUGGAGACACCACGAUUUGGACGUAAAAGUAACUUUUUCUUCACGCCCGGCACGAGAGUGAACUUCGAAUGUAAUCAAGACUUUAUUCUAAUUGGUGAUAAAAGACGUGUGUGUGAAGACAACGGAAGGUGGAAUUUACCAGAUUACGGAUACACUGAAUGCUUACGUAAUCAGGAAUAUUCACAAAGAGCGUUGUUCUUGACGUGGGGCAUCAUAGUGGCGAUUAUUGUACCAUUAGCACUCCUCAUUUGUCUGCUUUGGUUCUGGUGUUAUUACAAACCAAAGUCCGAAGGCAAAGAUACAUUCCGUUUCGAAGACAUACCGCGGUCUAAAUCGGCUUCGCGCCUCAAUCUUAGGUCGGCAUCGAUGGGGAAUAUCACUGAUACUAUGAGAUCCUCAACCAUGCAUAGCCAGGAUACUGACAAACCAAAACUCCCUGACACUCCCACAGAAAUAACCCCUAUGACAACCAAUGUAACUAGAACCGCACCGCUCCCUCCCGAACCUUUAGACGGUGAAAGUUCAGGUAUAGGUUAUACUGAUUCAAAUAAAAGCGACAGAUCUGAUAAAUCCAAAAAACGACGCGCUUAUGACAAAACCUACAGAACCAAUGAACCCCUACCCAACGCCCCUGAAGUAGAAUUUCCUGAAAAGCAAUGGGAUUUGUCAGAGGAAGACCUGCUAUCCCUUACAACUCCUUCUGAAACCGAAUCUAAUCGUGAUUCUACAUUAACGAGACCUGCUAAAGACAUCAAAUAUUUGAGUCGCCCUCGCCAAACUGGUCGUCACGCUUUGCAAACUGACUCUGGUUACUCAACUAAAGAUGGUUCAGAAGAUCCAUACUCUCCCAAAUACGACGGUCAAUACAGUCCUAUACCUUCAGCAUAUUCUCCUACUUAUUCUGAAAUUUACUCUCCACCUAUCAGUCCUACAUCUGAUAACAGUCCAAGGAAUACUUACAAUAAUCCUGGCUUGCCGGAACCUCCAAAGAGCGCUCCUGCCACUGAAAUAAAAACAUUCACAAUGCCUCCGAAGAGAGGGAAAUCUAUAGAAACACUCAUUGACCCUCCUACGACAGAAAUGCCAUCAUUCAGUCGAUCUACUAUGGAGUACUCCGCGCGCACCUUGGGCGCUACUUGGGGCAUCAUCAGCGCUGUAAUGAUACCCAUCGUUAUUGUACUGAUCUGUAUUGGUUGGCGUGUUCUGAAGAAGAGAAAGGAAGAAGAAAAUGAGGAAAAUGAAUUCAUGCCGAUCAAAACUCGUUCCAUAGAUCCAGACGAAUCGUUUAAAGUUAAUUCAGACGAUGAAUCCAUCCCUUACAAGAAAGAGAUCAAUGAAGACAGCCCUGAGCCGACGGAAGCUGUCAAAGUCACUGACAUUGACACUGACAGCUACCCAUACAAUCAACAAUACCAGAACAAUGAACCACAAUACCAAUACCAACAAAAGCAACCAUUCCAGACAUUCCAGCAACCUAACCAAGCACAAACACAGAAUAAUCAACCAGAAACUAAGCGAGCUUGGUCUGGAGAAACAGAAAUUAAUUAG